AGUGGAGCAGAAAGGGUCUGUUAAGGCAGCUGGGAUACAAGCAGCAGCAGAACAUCUAUUGCAUUUCAAAUGCUUUUGCUUUCCUGUAAACCUCAGAGAUUUAGUCAACUUUUCAUCAGCAUUUUUCUUCAGAAGACAGGAUACACCUUUUCCUCUUUCUAAAAGAAGGAACUGAUCUGCCUGCAAUCAGAAGCAACUGCUUUCAGUAUCACAGUUUUUGCUACUUGACUUGUGGAAUUCUUCACCGGAAUUAUCCACUUUGCUUGAUGAUGAAGAAAAGCUUGAUCUGAGUUCAAUUUGAUGACUUGUGGUGAAAAUAUGCAGAGCAACGUGACAACAUGCAGUGCCACCAUUGAUGAAUUCCGGAAUCAAGUGUACACUACGACGUACUCUAUAAUCUCGGUGUUGGGCUUAUUAGGAAAUGGCUUUGUGCUAUGUGUCCUUAUAAGAACAUUCCAGGAGAAAACUGCCUUCCAGAUAUACAUGCUCAACCUUGCUACUUCAGACCUGUUGUUUGUGUGCACACUGCCUCUGCGGGUGGUGUACUAUGUCCACAAGGGCGACUGGUUCUUUGGUGACUUCCUAUGCCGGAUCAGCUCCUACGCCAUGUAUGUCAACUUGUACUGCAGCAUCAUGUUCAUGACGGCCAUGAGCUUCUUCCGCUGCAUUGCCAUCGUUUUCCCCAUGCAGAACCUCAGGUUUGUAACUCGGAAGAAAGCCGUGCUAGUAUGCGGAGCCAUUUGGAUCUUUGUGACACUGACAAGCGUGCCAUUUCUGCUGAGCGGCUCAUACCUGGACAGUUCGAGCAACAAGACUAAGUGCUUUGAGCCCCCGCCAGUAGAUCAGAUGCUGAAGCUGGUGGUCCUCCAUUAUAUUGCAUUAUUUAUUGGCUUCAUCAUUCCCUUCACCACCAUCGCCGCCUGCUACACCAUGAUCAUAAGAACCUUGCUGAAAAACUCCCUGCAAAAAAAAGAAGCAGCCCGCCGAAAAGCCGUCUGGAUGAUUGUCAUUGUCACCUUGACCUUCCUCUUGAGCUUCGCUCCCUAUCAUGUCCAACGCACGGUCCACAUUCAUUUCAUGAUGGAAGGGGGUUCACGUUGUGAGGAUAUCCUCUACAUGCAGAAAUCUGUGGUGAUAACGCUUUCCCUAGCAGCUUUCAAUUGCUGCUUCGACCCGCUUCUCUAUUUCUUCUCUGGAGGCAACUUUCGCAAAAGGCUUUCUACCUUCCGAAAGGGGUCCGCCUCCAGUGUGUCACAGGCACACAAGUUCAAGAUGUCCUUAAAGAACUUUGGGGAGGAGCCAGCUAAUGGGAAGGCACGAGAAGAGAUGGGCUUAUAGCCUUUGCAGAAGCUCCCAAAAAAUCCUGACAGGGUGGGGAGCCAAAGGAGCUGGCACACUGCUAUCUCUUAAGUUAUGAACAUGAUGGUGCAAGGCAACCUGGAACUGGCAUGACCUCUGACUAUUUAGAUACCUCUGCAGCAGUCAUACCAAUCUGAGAUGCAUUAUCCCAUGUGUGUUGGUGGUUUAGCAGAUGUGUGGGAUGAUUUGUCAUAUUUAUUUGCCACAUUUAUGUCCCACCUUUUCUCCAAGCUCAAGGAAGCGUACAUGGUUCCCUCUCCUCCUUCUAUUUUAUCUACAGAGCAAACAUCCAAGGUAGAUUAGGUUGAAAGAUAGUGGCUGUCUUACAGUUGCCCAGUAACUGUGCAU